AUGACUAACGGAGAGGAACAAAUUGAACCUGCUGUGACUGUUACUGCUAACACAGUUUCGAGGAUGCCAGGUCCUAGCCGUCCUACUGCACCUGCAACGGCGAUGCCACCAGUGGAAAAGCCGGGGAAAUUUUCUGGUGUUGACUUUAAAAGAUGGCAGCAAAAGUUGUUCUUUUAUCUAACCACUCUAAGUCUGCAAAGGUUCAUUCAAGAGGAUGUUCCAGUCGUGCCUGAAGGAACCCCUGACAACGAGCGCUUCCUUGUUACUGAGGCUUGGAAGCACUCUGAUUUUCUGUGCAAAAAUUACAUUUUAAGUGGGCUGGAAGAUGGCUUGUACAACGUUUAUAGCGUCAUGAAAACAUCAAGAGAAUUAUGGAAUGCUCUUGAAAAGAAGUACAAGACUGAAGAUGCUGGACUUAAGAAGUUUGUGGCCGCCAAAUUUCCGGAUUUCAAAAUGAUUGACGGUAAAUCUGUCAUAACGCAAGUCCAAGAAUUGCAAGUUAUUGUUCAUGACCUCCUUGCUGAAGGUAUGGUCAUAAAUGAAGCGUUUCAAGUUGCGGCAUUUAUUGAAAAGCUGCCUCCGCUGUGGAAGGACUUUAAGAAUUACUUGAAACAUAAGCGCAAGGAGAUGACGCUUGAAGACCUUAUUGUUCAUCUACGGAUUGAAGAGGACAACAAGGCAGCUGAGAAGAAAUCUCGUGGAAAUUCAACAAUAAUGGGUGCAAAUAUUGUUGAGGAAGCUUCAACGAGUAAAAAGAGAAAGAAGCCGUCUGGAUCAACGAAUUAUCCAAGCAAGAAGAUGUUCAAAUUGUUUAUGGCAAACUCCGCUUCUGCAAAAAUUGAAGGAACGGGCAAGGUGGCUGUGAAGAUGACUUCGGGAAAGAUUGUGACCCUAAAAGAUGUUCUUCAUGUUCCUGAAAUGCGGAAGAAUUUAGUCUCAACAUCACUUCUAGUCAAGAAUGGCUUUAAGUGUGUUUUUGUUUCCGACAAGGCACAACAGCUGGCUAUCGCUCAGCUACAAAGCCAUACAAAAACUCCCAGCACCGUAACACCAAGAACAACUCCCCCGGCCGAACAGGACCGAGGAUUGUCACCAGCUGCGAGAAGAAGUGGCCAGGUUACUCAACAACGGUCAUCUCAGAGAAUUCUUGAGUGA